CAAGCCCUGCAUGGGGUGCCAUGGGAUUGUGAGGGCUGGAAAUUACCCUGAUCCGAAGUGAACAUCCAGGAAAAAACAUUUGCAUUGCUGAUAUGAUGGAAAUUUGCCCGCUAUAAAAGAGGGGCUCCCAGCACGGGCAGGUGGCAGGUGGCAGGCGGCGGAGGAGAGCGGGCAUGGCUGAGACGCUGCUGGCCGUGCUGUUGGCGGUGCUCCGGGUGGCGUCCCUGGGCGGGGCCCAGCGAUGUCUGGGCGACACCGAGUGCUGUGAGCUGGGGGAGCUGGAGAAGGCCGGGGUGUGGCUGAGCGAGGGGCGCUCCCAGGAGCCCCAGAGCUGUCACCUCAUCUCCCAGUCCACCCUCCAGGGGGAGGAGCCCCAGUGCCAGGGGCGGUCCCAUGGGCCCCCCAACACCCGCUCCAUCGCACCCUGGAGAUACCGGGAGGACUGUGACAGCACCCGCUUCCCGCGGCGCCUGGUCCAGGCCGAGUGCCUCUGCCCGCACUGCGUGUCGCUGGCCCCCCCGCACCACCGGGACCGGCGGGGGAACUCGGUGCGGGUCAACGCCAGCACCGCGGUCUAUUACCGGCGCCCCUGCCCUGGCCGGCCCGGCGCCUACUUCCUGGAGCCCCGGCUGUACCCCGUGGCCGUGGCCUGCGUCUGUGUCGUGCCGCAGUUCUGAGCCACAGCGGGACCCCGGUGGGGUGUGGGGCUCGCUGCGGGACCCGGGGGGCAGAGGGAUGCGGAGACCCAUGGGGCCGUAAU